AUGGAGCUAGCGGGGGCCCUGCAGCUCGGGGAGCUGGCGGCCGCCUUCGCCCGGGUGCCCGUCUUCCCGCUCUUCGACCUGGGCUACUUCAUCGUCUCCAUCCUCUACCUCAAGUACGAGCCAGGAGCUGUUGAGAUGUCCCAUCAGAGCCCUGUUGCCUCAUGGCUUUGUGCUAUGCUUCAUUGCUUUGGAAGUUAUAUUCUUGCUGAUAUGUUACUUGGGGAAGCUCCUAUUGAUUAUUUCAGCAAUAACUCUAGUGUGCUCCUGGCCACGGCAGUAUGGUAUUUGAUUUUCUUCUGCCCCAUGAACCUCUUCUACAAGUGUGUCAGCUUCUUGCCUGUGAAGCUCAUCUUUGUGGCAAUGAAGGAGGUGGUUAGAGUUCGUAAAAUUGCUAUUGGAGUCCACCAUGCUCACCACCAUUACCACCAUGGGUGGUUCAUUAUGGUGGUUACUGGCUGGGUCAAAGGUUCUGGCAUUGCCUUGGUGUCUAAUUUUGAGCAGCUGCUGCGUGGAGUCUGGAAGCCAGAAACAAAUGAAAUUCUUCAUAUGACCUUCCCAACAAAAGCCAGUCUGUAUGGAGCAAUCCUCUUCACCCUGCAGCAGACUCACUGGCUCCCCAUCUCUAAAGCCAACCUCAUCUUCUUCUUCACCAUGUUUAUGAUUGUUUGCAAGGUGUUUAUGACUGCAGCUCACUCGCAUACCUCGCCGUUUGCUCCAAUAGAAGGCUUCAUCUGCCCAGUACUCUUUGGCUCCGUUUCUAGUGGGCACAACAGUCACCAUGACCACCAUGAGGAUUCCCAUGAUACUUCCCCUCCUGCGAAAUCUAAGGAGGAGCUGAAUGAAGGCACACGGAAACGGAAAGCGAAAAAGGCUGAAUAA